AUGACUAGUAAAUACAACAAAAUAAAUAAAAACAAUUAUGAAACACGGGAGGCAGUGUACUACAAUGAAGAAAAUAAAAAUAAUUGUGAUAAAGAAAAAGAGAUAAAAGAUUUCAAUGAAAAAGAAUUAAAAAAUUUUUUUAAUGAAUGGCAACAAUUCUAUAAGGAUAAAAUAAAUGAUGGUGAAAGAAAAAAUUUUAUAUUGUUAGAUGAUGAAAAAAGUAUGGAAAAUGGAAAUAAUGAAUAUUUUAAUUCUUAUAAUUACAUACAUAUUCAUGAAGAUAUGAUAAAAGAUGAAAUAAGAACAAGAACUUAUUAUGAUGCUAUUAGAAAAAAUGAGCAUUUAAUAAAAGAUAAGAUAGUAUUAGAUGUAGGAAGUGGUACAGGUAUUUUGUCUUUUUUCGCAGCGAAAUGUGGAGCAAAGCACGUUUACAGUAUUGAAAAAAGCGAUAUAAUAUAUACAGCCUUAAAAAUAAGAGAUGAAAAUAACUUAACUGAUAAAAUUACUUUUAUAAAAGGAUUGGCAGAACAAAUUGAGUUGCCAGUGGAUAAGGUUGAUAUCAUAAUAUCAGAAUGGAUGGGAUAUUGUUUAUUAUAUGAAAAUAUGCUUGAUACUGUUAUAUAUUGUAGAGAUAAAUGGUUAAAAAAAGGUGGUUUGAUUUUUCCUGAUAAAGCAUAUAUGUAUAUAGCAGGAAUUGAAGAUAGUUUAUAUAGAGAAGAGAAAUUUGAUUUUUGGAAAAAUUGUUAUGACUUAAAUUUUUCUUCAGUAUUACCAAUACUUAAAGAAGAAGUGGUUAUUGAUUAUGUUGACAAAAAUUUUGUUGUUACUGAUACAUGUCGUAUUUUAACAUUAGAUUUAAAUACUUGCACAAAGGAUCAAUUGUCAUUUGUUUCUCCUUUUAAGUUAAAAAUGAUUAGGAGAGAUUAUAUACAUGCACUAGUCAUAUGGUUUGAUGUUUGUUUUUCAGCUUGUCAUACAGAAAUUAGUUUUACAACCGGACCCUUUGGUGGUCAUACUCAUUGGAAGCAGAUUGUUUUAUAUACUGAUAAUAUUAUUACAGCAGAAAAAAAUGAAAUAUUAAAAGGAAUUUUUGCUUUAAAAAAAAAUAAAAAAAACAAUAGACAUCUUGAUAUGAAAUUACAUUAUAUUUUUGAUGGUUUACACACAAGGGCUAAAUCAAUACAAUACUUUAAUAUAAGUUAA